CGACUGGCCAUUCGUAAGCCUUUCGAUUACGAUUUUCCAAUUAAUCACAAUGCAACCCCGCCUAGCCUCCGUCUUGCUCCAGCUCAAAGUGUGCUCUGGCAUGCCAGCAAAGCCCAACGCCACAGUCCACUUGAGUUUGGUAGCCUCGCCGACCCCUUCCUCAAACUCCUCUCCGGUGCUCUAUCCCGAGCACAAUCAAUAACCAUUAAUCUCACUUGCAUUUGA